AUGGCCCUCUCGACGCGCUUCUUCGCCGCGAAGCCGUGCGACGACGCGGCGCGGGCCUUGGCCCGCGGCGACGACGAGGCGGCCGCCGCGGUCGCCGCGUCGGGGCGCUUCGCACUGCUAUCGCGCGCCGACGCCGACGCCGCGCUCGACGCGCUCGACACAGUGAUCACAAGCGAGGCCACGCUCGCCGCGCGCCGCGCCGCGCUCGACGGGACGCGACGGGACGGGCUGACGGACGCGCCCAGCGCAAGCGACGACGAGCGCUUGGCCUCGGCGCUCGCUUCCGCGCUGGCCUCCGCGCUGGCCCCGGUGCUGCGGCGGCUGGGGUUUCCCGAAUCGCCCCUCGGCACGCGGAGCUUCGUCGCCGCGGCGGGCCCCCGCGCCGCCGCGGCGAUCGGCCGGGUCUGGCACGCGUCCGACGGCCUCGCGCCGCUCAUCGCGCCCGCGGCUCCCAAGGACGCGACGCUCGUCGUCGCCUUCUCGUCGCUCGGCUGGCACGGACUCCUACGCGCCGAGUGGCGCGGUGUUUUGCGCGCCUCUGGUUUUCCGAACGUCGCGCAUGCCCUCGACACGGCGAAGACCUGGUACUGUUCGAAUCCGAUGACCGGCCAUUUCGACGGCGGCGCGUGGUGGGACGCUGCCCUCGCGGAGCUUUGUAAGCCAUACCAAAAGGUCGUUUUGUUGGGCGACUCGAUGGGCGGGACGGCGGCGCUGAGAUUCGCGCGGCACGCCGACGCGGUCGUCGCGUUCGUGCCGCAGAUCGACCUAAGGGACUUUCCGGCGCCGUGCGACCGCGUUGAUUUUGACGACGCGAGGCGCGAGCGCCUGCGCGACGACAUCGUGAACGCCGUCGGCGCGUCAGAUGCUCGUAUUUCGAUCCACGUCGGCCGCGACGCCGACGACCUGCAGCAACUGACGUACCUGCCGCGCGCGGUGGCGGCGUACUCCCCUGACGACGUCGACGAGCCGCUCCCGCGCGACGGCGAGACGGUGAGUCGAGCGGUGGACGACGGCCGCGGCCUUCGCGUCGUGAAGCACGACGUCGAGGGCCACGCCAUCGCCGCGGCCCUGAAGCGGCGGGGGCUCUUGGAGGAGGCUCUGCUCGCUUCUCUUGUUUAG